GUCUCUAAUCUUCGCAUUCAAACAGAUUGAAACAGGACAAUACACUAGGCUCUAUGCCACAAUAAUAUUUUGCAUCACUAAUCAAGGUAAGCGUAACGAAGGCAACCCAAACCCAUCAUCAAUGGUUAUUCGUGAAAACUAUUAUUACAAGGACUGUUGAACAAAGGAAAAUUCCACUCGACUUUUCAGAAAGCGGCGACGAAAGUGAUUCCAUUCUCAUAUCAAUUUCUYUUUUUCAAUUGGUGAUGUUGGUUAAUUUUGUGAUUUUUCGCCUUGUGAUACUCUUYUGAUUAUCAUAACCACAGUAGCAAUAUAGAACAAUGAAGUUUCUUUUGAAUUUCCUUACAUUCGGUUUGGCGACCGCCGCUUUGCCCAUUUACGGCAACCCCAAAAACAARGCACCAGUCAAGAAAUUUGAUAGCCUCAAUGAUGUAAAGGCAGAUUCUGCUCUGGGAAUGAGCCUUCUCAGCAAAGCUCGUAAGCUUGAAGACGAAAACGAAAUCGAUUUCACAUGGGUUUCCAACUUCUCCAUCAAAUUCCAAGGAUGCCAUCAUAUCAGCCAAUGGAACGACGAGGCCGAUGGUGAAGAAGACGUGCGCAUCGAGACCAAGCGAUUGAUCCGAUUCCGUCUCUGCCCAGCAUACGAAUGCAGCCCUGACAAGGCCGGGGGAUGCGACUCGAACUAUGGGGACUACGUYAUUGACAUGAACACUUUCCUCGAAUCUUACUACGAGGCCCUUGAAAACUACAACCAAUACAAAUGCGAGUACACUGCCAAUAUGUUGUGUGACUGUGAAGAUGGUGAUGAUAAGGGAGAUGAUUUCGAYGCAGAAAUUUGUGAGUAUGACUGUUAUGUCGAGCACGGAAUUGCAGAUACUUGUGCMGACCGAAACCCUUAUAAYGAUGAUGAACAGGAACAGGAAGAAGAGUUCRACCUUGCUGAAUACGUCGAAUGUAAACAGGCAGAGUUCCAAAACGAGGAGCGUCGYCGACUGGACGAAGAAGAAAUCGAAUAUUUCAUUGGACCAUACUGUGCUGAACAGGGAGGAGCGAUUUUCAUGGGUCUUUUCACUGACGACACAUGCACAUCCUUCGCUGACGACUACGGUGGACAAGAAACGUACAGCUCAAUGGCCGGAAAAUCUCUUCCUUACGGUUCUGAAUCUCUCAUUUCCAUGGAUUGUGUUUCAUGCAAAGAACCUGAAGACUUCAACAAUGACGGAAAUGACGCUCAAGACGAGGAUCAAGUCAUUGAAAUGUGCGAACAAAUUUACCAAGGUGCUGGAAAGUGCGAACAAGGCCUCGAAUCCACGGGAUACGUYUCAUCAGCAAACAACAAUGCCUGCAACUACAUCCAGGGAAUCAAGGUUGUUCGAAAGGAUGGUAUCAUCACUCAAGUUGGAUCAAAGGCCAACAAGACCGCUUCGAUCUUCAUUGGAGUYUUUGUUGUUGCCUUUGUUCUUUUGGCUGCAUACGUAUACUACUUGAAGACCAAGCUUGACAGAGCGUCCAUCAACCUCUCAGAUUAAGGAGGAAGUCGCUCGUUGGACUUUUUGAUGCUAAAGGCGGGCAAAUUCAAGGUCAUUUGCGGAUUGAGUAGUUCUCUUCGACAUAGCAGAUAUGGAAAAUGUAAUGUAACAUGUAAUUUCAAAAUUCAAGGAAGAAAAGGUAUCUCACUGUAUUCUAGUGAUGAUUGGUCGUCGAAUAAUUUCCGUUCUUUUUA